UUUCCGGCCAGCCCACUAUCACCAGCCUCCUCCCUUCUCAGCAGAACCGCCUGCAGAUAAAACAAGAGGAGCUCAGCAAAUGCUCAGUACGAGCAAGACAUCCCAACUACACGCUGUCACUUCGGGAUACUCACAAGUAUCCUCAUUCCAGAUCGCUAUUUGAUAAAACGCACGCUAUGUCAAGAAGUCUGGAACUGUUCAUAUUGCUGGCUGCUCUCUGCUGCGCCCUAGCGGACAAUGUUGGGCACCUGCGUUCCAAGAGAGGAACCCGUUUUUAUAGAGGUGAGCCCAAGAAGACGCCCCCUAAAUGGACCCUUUUGGUUAUACGUGUCGACAAGCCUUCACCCUCUGCUGUUCACUCCACCCUGCUGUGUAAGGAUAGCAAGGACUCAGCGGUGCGUAACUUUGGCGACACUUGGAUGCGAUGGCGCCAACGGGGUGCAGAGUACUGCCGCUGUGCACUGAAAGGAGAAGAGCGAUGUCACUAUGUGCCUGUUGUCACUUGCCAGGAGUCUCGCUGCUACAACGGAGGCAUCUGUAAGGAGGCUCUGUACUCCUCAGACUUCCUGUGCCAGUGUCCUCCCGGCUUCUCCGGAACACAGUGUGAGAUCAACACCGAUGAGAAGUGUGUGUUGGGCCAGGGCGGAGCGUACCGUGGGACAUGGAGCUUAAGCCAUAAAGGCAGUACCUGUAUCAACUGGAACUCCACCACUCUGAGGGGAAGGCAGUACACCGCCAUGAGGAGGGACGCCAGCAUCCUGGGCCUCGGCAACCACAACUUCUGCCGGAACCCGGAUAAGGACUCGACUCCCUGGUGCUUUGUCUACAAGGGGUCUCAGGUGGCCUGGGAAUACUGCAGCAUAUCCAAGUGUCCAGAAAAUAAGGAAGAGGAGUGUGUGCAGGGUGCGGGCCAAUCGUACCGGGGCUCCGCAGUCUCCAGCCGGAGUGGGGCCCAAUGUCUGCCCUGGGACUCACCGUACAUCAAACGCAGGUCCUUCACCGCCUGGAGGCCAGACGCUCUGGAGCUGGGCCUGGGCAGCCACAGCUACUGCAGGAACCCGGACAAGGAUGCGGGCCCCUGGUGUCACAUCGUCAAGAACAACCAGCUGACCUGGGAGCUCUGUGACGUCCCUAAGUGCUCAAAACCUUCAACUUUUAUCACGACCCUUGUCCCCAGAGCUCCUACCAGCGACAGCAACCAAAACGGAGCGACGUGCGGCCAGCGUCAGGACAACUCUCUGAACAGCGUCUCGUUCCGUAUCUUCGGUGGCAGAGAGAGUGACAUCACAGACCAGCCCUGGCAGGUGGCCAUCAACGUCUACCGCCGCCGCCACAAGAAGCACUUGCACCUGUGUGGGGGCAUCCUCAUCGACUCAUGCUGGGUGCUGUCUGCAGCCCACUGCUUUGAGGAGGGCUUUAAGCCGUCUCAGCUGCAGGCCGUCCUGGGGAGAACGUUCCGGAAGCAGAACUCGACUAGUGAGCAGAUUUUCGAGAUUGAAAAGUUUUGGGUACACCAAGAUUUUGACAAAGAAACCUAUGACAAUGACAUCGCUCUGUUGAAGCUCAAGACUGACAUCGGAAUCUGUGCCAUCCACUCUCCAGAGGUGCUGCCUGCCUGUCUUCCAGAACCAGGCCUGGUUCUGCCUGACUGGACCGAGUGCGAGAUUUCUGGCUACGGGAAAGAGACAGAGUUCGAUUAUGAGUAUUCAGAGCGUGUGAAGCGAGGUUUUGUCCGGCUGUGGCCCCGGGACCGCUGCGUCCCUGCAUUGCUCUCUGGACGCACCGUCACAGACAACAUGCUGUGUGCUGGGGACACCCGUGGCCGGGAUGACGCCUGCAAGGGAGACUCGGGAGGCCCACUGGUGUGUCCGAGCGGGGGCCGGAUGACCCUGAUGGGGGUGAUCAGCUGGGGCGACGGCUGUGGGAAUAAGGACAAGCCUGGGGUGUACACCCGGGUCAUCCACUACCUGGACUGGAUCCGCAGCAGGAUGGCAGAGGAGCCCAGUGUCUGAGAGACAUGUCCUAAGAGAGCCAGACAAAAUGUUAAAAAGAAGAACAAUGAGGUACUGUGUUUGACAAACAAACUCACAGAUAAGAGAAUUUGUACUUUUUUUGUUUUUUUAAGUGACAAACUUGUCAGAUAUGACAUUUCUGAUCUGUGCUUUGCUGCAUUGAGGGACCUUUCUCAAGUGUGUGUACACACAUGUAUCCAGGGUCCUACACCAGCCCCUUGUUACUCCUGAGCCAUGGCCACUCAUCGCGGUCUAGGGUCCUAUCUAGGAAGACAAAGCAGCCCAACAAAGACCUCAGUUGUCUGUGUGGUGUGAUAUGCUCCACAAGGCCACUCUGUGUGGUGGUUUCUGCUGCUGUGUUGGUGGUAAUAUAGUGGUCAGCCAGCUACAGUUUAUAUUAUGGACAAAACAAAAGUUCUCCUCAUACCAGUGUCUACUUCACAUUGAUGUGCCAGCCACAUCAGAGACUAUGGACUACUAGAGCAGAGUUUCUUAAACUAUAGACUCAGAACCCAAAAAUGGGAUGCGAUUUAGUUGACAAGGAAAAACAAGUCAGAGCACACUGGAAUUGGUGAUCCUUUUGUUAGACGAAGGGAGUUUUCUGAGGACAGACUGAAAUUGUCUUUUGUGUCUCAAGAUGAAAAGGUUUAAGACCCCCAUGGACUAGACCUAUUUACUUCACUUAGAGUCAGAAGUCAGUCUCUGAGAGCUUUGCUCAAGGGUUUGUUUUUUAAUUAACAUUUUUUCAUCAUUUUGUUGAGGUCUUUGCUUCAAUAACUCCGGAGGCACAGCCAACCUGAUAGAGGCAUUCAACGUCGUACCUAUUUUUAAGGGCUUUUUUUGCCCAGGAUUCAUUGGUCAUCUCUUAUUGGUUAAUAUGUUGCUAGUUAUUGCUCUAGCUUGUUAACCGUUUCCAGUGUCCCCUUGUUGUUGUUAAGUCUAUUGCGGUAAUCUUACGACGCUCUGCUGGCUCAGAAGCUUUAACCGAUAUUUCUUCCCCUGUCCCUUCUUAUUGCCUAGGCCUAAAAAAAAAAGUUUGGUUCCUGUUGGUUGUCAGUUGAGGUCAUGGGUAGGUAGGGAAUUUAUUUUAUUUUUUUAUUUUAUUUUUUCCAGCGGCAGCGAAUGAUAGGUAGGUUGUUUUCAUUUAAAAACGAGAAAAUUCGCUCAUCCUUGUACAGAAUGAAGAGGUGCUGUACCAAACCGUGAUUAUAGUUUGCAUAAAAAAAAAAUUUUUUUUAAAGCUCAUAAAAUAAUUUGGGUCGCACAGAAAUUGACAGGGUCGGUCGGAAACCGGAACCAAACAAAAAAAUUUUUUAGGCCCUAUGGGGCCAAAUCUUUCUGUUAUAUUUUUAUAAGCAGUGCUUUUUAUAUGUUUUAUAGCAGUAGACUGCACACAGGGUUUUUAUCCACAAGAAGAAGAUAGUUUCGAGAGUCCAUAAGGUUUAGUCGCCUAACCUUGAAGCAGUACCAAAAACAUUUGAGUUGAGCUUGAGUUUGUAACAUGUACAUACGUUUGUGUUUUUAUUUUGUUUUAAAGGAAGGGAUGAUCUGACUGUGUUUUUAACAUCAAGUUGCUACUUAGAUAGAUUCAAGAAAGAUUGUGUCUUAGUAUUUUAAGUUAAUAUUUAUGUGUAUUUUAUGUUGUCUUGUUUAAACUUGAAUGUUUAGUAACUAUUUAUGUCGAGUUCUGUUGCAGUCACAUUUAAAAAACCCUAUCUCAUUUACAAUAAACAAUCUCUGUUACAAAUGUA